CCGGGGACGCCGAGCAGUCUGGGCUCUCGGCUGUAUAAGACCGGUCGCAGUUGGAGAAGGCCCGAGGGCAGUGCCGAAGUAGCAUCAGCACCAUGCUGUCCCGAGCAGCAUGCAGCACGAGCAGGAGGCUGGCGCCAGCUCUGGGGUGUCUGGGCUCCAGGCAGAAGCACACCCUCCCCGACCUGCCAUACGACUAUGGCGCUCUGCAACCCCACAUUGACGCCCAGAUCAUGCAGCUGCACCACAGCAAGCACCACGCGGCCUAUGUGAACAACCUGAACAUCGCGGAGGAGAAGUACCAGGAGGCCGUGGCCAAAGGAGAUCUUACCGCUCAGAUAGCUCUUCAGCCUGCAAUAAAGUUCAACGGUGGAGGUCAUAUCAAUCAUGCCAUUUUUUGGACAAACCUGAGCCCUAAUGGUGGUGGAGAACCCCAAGGGGAGUUGCUGGCAGCCAUCAAACGUGACUUUGGUUCCUUUGACAAGUUUAAGGAGAAGUUGACUGCUGUAUCUGUUGGUGUCCAAGGCUCAGGCUGGGGUUGGCUUGGUUUCAAUAAGGAACAAGGACGCUUACAGAUUGCCGCUUGUUCUAAUCAGGAUCCAUUGCAAGGAACAACAGGUCUUAUCCCACUGCUGGGCAUUGAUGUCUGGGAGCAUGCUUAUUACCUGCAGUAUAAAAAUGUCAGACCUGACUACCUGAAAGCUAUUUGGAAUGUUAUCAACUGGGAGAAUGUGACUGAAAGAUACAUGGCUUGCAAAAAGUAAAACAGGAUCAUUAUACUGAUCAUACCCUAAUGAUGCCAGCAAGCUAAUAUCCUGUUCUAAGAUGUGCACCAAGCUAGUACACACUGAAUAUCCUAUAAGGUCCUGGUUAGAUUUCAAUUAAUUAGUCAUUGAAGAAAGAUUUAUUUUCCUAUUGUAAGCGUGAAGUUUAUUGACUAUUAAUAAAAGAUUCUGUCAACCAUCAAA